UUCACGCAUACAUACGGGGAGCGGUGAGCGUAGCCAAGUUCUCAGGCCUUAGGCGUCACGCAGCUGGUGUCAGCCGCGCACCAGCUGUGCACACGUGACGGCCGUUCAGAGAGCAACUGGUGCCGAGCCCGGCUGUUCAGCACCAUGAGCCCCAGCAACUGCGCGGAGCAAACGGAGAAACAACAAAUACAAAAACAAAAGCCGUUCUUCUUUCUUCUCCCAUCGUACUCUGCUCUGCCCACGCUUACGGUCCGCACACAACGCGCACAUCUCUCGCCCAUCUCUCCACGAGAAAAAAUCACGCUACGCUGUCGCUCGGAAGUCACAUUCUAGCGUUUCGCCCGUCCGUUCGUCCACCAUGUCCGACCUCAGCUCUGACGAGUACGAAGCCGCCAGCAAGAUGGCCGCCCCAACCUACACUCGGACCUCCCCCGUCGCACAAGCCGUCGCGCUGCCCAACAUCACCGGCGAUGAGCAGCUCAGGGGCAUCGAAAACUACAAGGAGUGGAAGAUCACCUUGUACAUCAACCUCCGAGCUCUCGGACUCAAGGAGCACCUCCUCGGCUGUAAGGGCGACUCCGCUCCUCGUUCAGGCCAGAACUCGUUUCGCGCCGACCAAGCCGCGACCACGUGCUACAUUUGGAACAGCCUUUCUUUCAAGGUCAAACAGGCGCUGCUUCGCUCCGGUCUUUGGGGCCAAGCCGCGACGCCCGCCGAGACCAUGGACGCCAUCACCCAGGUCGUGCUCCCCAAGGAUGCCGUCCCUGCCAUGCUGAAGUACUUUGAAAACUUCGAUGUCAACCCUACGAAUGGCACAAAAGAAACCCUCGAGGAAAUCAACUUGGUAUGGUCGCUGAUCAAUCACCACGUUCCGAAGCCCCCUAACACCCUCCUCGUCGCCGCCAUCCACAGAACCCUAGAGUCUAAGCAGCCUGCCGCUGCCGAGGAACUGCAGCGAUGCGUUGAUAUGGGUCAGUUCCCGAACCUCGAUGAGUUGAACCGCCAUCUUCAGUCCCUGUCAUUUGUUGAAGAUCAUGCGAGGUUCUUCACUUCUAACCAAGACGGUUGCUCCAGGGCCUUGAACCUGGAAGAAGCAUGCACCGAAUACGACGACGAUCGCACGAGCACCUAACGGCCUACCGACACUGAUGUAGCUUGUUCAACACGGCACUUGGGACACAAUCUGUGUAUCACCUUGUUGAGUGGAAGGCAGAAAACGAUCGGCAAAGAGGCUUGGCGCCAUUGGGGCAUCGGAUUAGGGCACUCGCUGG